GGGCCGAUGCCCUGGGCCCGGCCGGGGCCGCGGGCAGCUCCCCGCGGGCAGCUCCCCGCAGGCCGCCCGCGUUCCACCGCCCCAAGGCUGGCGAGGCCCCAGCGGCCUUCGCAACAAUAGAGAGGAAGAAAAGGCGGGGGGGGGCUGACACCGCCCCCGAUGAAAACUGCCCGAGAGGCCGGGUUGAGUCCCUGCGGUGAGGCCGGAACGAAGCCCAACCCUCCACUGCCCGCAGAUAACGGGUGACGGGGCCGGCGGGCAGGGCCGCCGCUAACCUCCCAGCCCCCUCCGCGCUCCUCAUUUGCAUGUCUUUACCUUUGCGCCCGGGAGCGGCCAAUCAGCGGGCGCGGCGGCGGGCACCGCUCACCUGCUGCGGCCGCGCCCGCUCGCUGGCGGGGGGCGGGGCGGCAGCCUCCUGCUGCGCGGUUCCCCGGCGGCGGCGGCGGCGGCGGCAGCGGCAGUAGUAGUAGUAGUAGUGGCGGCGGCGGUGGACGGUGGCAGCAGCGGCGCGAUGGUGUGCGGGGGCUUUGCCUGCUCCAAGAAUUGCCUCUGCGCCCUCAACCUGCUCUACACGCUGGUAAGCCUGCUGCUGAUUGGAAUUGCGGCAUGGGGAAUCGGCUUUGGCCUCAUCUCUAGUUUCAGAGUUGUUGGCGUGGCAAUUGCAGUAGGAAUCUUCCUCUUCCUUAUUGCCUUAGUCGGAUUGAUCGGUGCAGUGAAACAUCACCAAGUAUUGCUGUUCUUUUACAUGAUUAUUCUUUUGCUAGUCUUUAUUGUCCAGUUUUCUGUCUCCUGUGCCUGUUUGGCACUAAACAAGGAACAGCAGAGUCAACUUCUAGAGGUGGGAUGGAAUAACACUAACAGCGCGAGAACAGAUAUUGAGAGAAAUCUGAAUUGUUGUGGAUUCAGAGUUUUUGAUCUGAAUGAAACCUGCUCCUCUGAUUGUUUUAGAAGUCGCCAGUGUCAACCAUGUGCACCGAUAAUAGAAGAAUAUUCUGGAAUGGUGCUGAGAUUUGUUGGAGGCAUAGGACUCUUCUUCAGUUUCACAGAGAUUCUGGGAGUCUGGCUGACAUAUAGAUACAGGAACCAAAAGGAUCCCCGUGCAAACCCUAGUGCGUUUCUUUGAUAAGUUUAUAAAGGACUAAAUCAUCUCUCUGCACCCUCUACUUCAAAAUACUGAUUCGCCAUAAUAGGGAUUCUACAUGUACCCAAAAGAAAACUUUAUUCCCAUAAGAAAUUUGUAGUUUUCAUAUUUAAUUUCCCACUUUUUUUUCUUUCUAAAAAUCUUUAUCUUGAAGUAGACUGGUGCAUUCAGUAGCUGGGCAGAGCCAGACUGCUGCUCUGAGCUGGUUAAAUAACUCUGUUAAGACUUUGGUAAUUGAUGUAGUGAACUCUAUACAGUGAGUUUUGUAGCACUACUGGCUUCUCUGGUGUUCAAAAAAACCCAAAAGUAUUUUCUGCUGUAUUCAUUGAUUACAAUAAUGACAUGAUUUUUCAUUAAAAUGACAAAAAUAUAUGGUGGAUGAUGUACUGUAUGAUUUGACUAGGCUUUAGGAUGAACUCUAGUCAGCUUUUUCACCUUUAUAAUGGCGUCCUACUUUCCUGUUAAGGUAAUAAUAGAAGCUAAAGAUGUUUUCUGUAGUGCACAUAAAUGUAUGUUAAUGACUACUGUAGUCUUCACUUCUCCCCUUCCCUGUUUGUUUUGGCAUUCUGGUAGCUUUAGAAUUUUGUUGAGAAUAAAAAUAAUUCUUUCCUUUUUAAUGGAUAUCUUCAUCAUGAGAACAAUGAAUGAAGAAAACAAGGAGAAUGUAAUCUGCAGCUGAUUAACUUGAAACUUCUUUGACAAGUGAAUGAAGUUUGGUAUUUGCACAUCAGAAUCAAUAGCGGUCUGUCAUCUUUAAUGUAAGAACCUGGAAAGUUGUUGUACAGCUAUUUUUUCAGAUGGUGUAAAAUUAUUGUUGUAAUAACUCAGCAGUGUAUAUUCCUCUGUCAUCCAGUGAAGUCUUGAUUUUGUGAGAGAUUGAAUGAUGGUGUAAAAAAGAAAGUGAUGGUUUCCAGUAGUUUGAUUUAAAAAAAAAAAAAAAAAGAAAAGAAUUAAAGUUAUAACAGUACAUUA